AUGGUAACCUGGAACCACCAAGCCGACGCCCGCCUGUUGUGGUCGAUCAUCACCACCACCGGCGUGAAGCUCGACAACGCCUUGAUUGCCGAAACCUUCGGCAUGGGCGUCACACCGAAGGCAAUCCAAAACCGGAUCCACAAACUCAAGCAGAUGGCCACCGUUUUGUUGACAUCAGAGGCAGAGGGCGGUGAGGACGACUCGCCGCCACCAAUUGUAAGGAUGAAGGCACGGAAGGUUCUCAAGGGAGGGUCUAAGACGGACGGGGAAACCGGCAAGAAGGCUACCGAAGAGAGCUCGAACAUUGGGACUCAGGAAGCUAGCGACGGGGAGGAAUAG